CCUCUUUGCAGACGAGAAGCUGGAAUAACUGCCUCACCCCACCAGGUCUGAGCAGACACUCGGCACCCGUCUGUUUCAUCCAUCAGUGAGGACAGCUCUUCAAGUCAAGUCAGGUGACCCGCCCCCUCCCCGGUGUCCCAGCAGGCAGGCAUGGCAGACGGUCGGCAGCCAGACGAGCACUGGGCCUCCAACGGCCAAGAAAACGGCGAGAAUGGCUACUCCGCCUACAGCUCUGGCUACAGGGAGAACGGAUACCACGGUGGGGCAGCUGCACAUCCUGGAACGACAGUGGAUGACUCAGCCAAUUUGCCUCCCUCCCCUCCCCCCUCUCCAUCCGCUGAGCAGAUUGGGCCCGUGGCACAAGAAGAUAAAGUAGAGGUUCAGAGUCACCAGCAGGAUGAGGAGGAGGCUCCAGAAGGGCCCAACAGUCACCAAGAGGAAGUGACAUAUGAGCAGCCAGGAGGCUUGCUCUUAGAGCAGACAGAUUAUUUAACAGAGCCACAGGCUUUGGGCUUCCAGCAAGCCCAGAGACCUGAGGUCCUCAAUGGAGGAAGUCAUCAAGGUGAACACAGCCCAUCACAAAAAGUUGUGGAGAGCCACCAGCCCCUCAGCGUGGCCCACCAGUCCAGGGAGAGGACCACUGAGAGAGCAUACCGCAGCCCAGAGAAGAGGUCAUCCCUCCCCAGGCCGGCCAAAUCUCUGACACGCCACAUCCCUGCUGCUGAGCAAGAAGACAGCACCCCCUCCAGGCCAACCUGUACAGACUCGGCACGUUCUCGAUCAGUCCGUAGCGGCGCCUCCACCCCUGGCUCCUCCGCCGUCACGCCUGGAACACCCCCCAGCUACUCCUGCCGCACCCCGGGCUCGCGCACCCCCGGCAGCCAUACGCCCAAGUCCUUCAGCGUCCUCCAGGAGAAGAAGGUGGCGGUGAUCCGAACCCCGCCGAAGUCGCCGUCCUCCACCCAGCGGCAGCUGAAGGUUCUCAAUCAGCCCCUGCCGGACCUGAAGAAUGUAAAGUCCAAGAUUGGGUCCACCUCCAACCUCAAACAUCAGCCGAAAGGCGGACAGGUCAUGAUUCCAAGUGUUAAACUGGACUUUAGCCACGUUCAGUCUAAAUGUGGCUCCCUGGACAAAAUCCAGCACGCAGCAGGCGGGGGAAACAUCCAAAUCCAGACCAAGAAGAUCGACUUGAGCCACAUCACCUCCAAAUGUGGCUCUAUGUCCAACAUCCACUACAAGCCAGGGGGAGGUAAUGUGCGUAUCGAGAAUGUGAAGCUGGACUUUAAAGACAAGGCCCAUGCCAAGGUCGGCUCCCUGGACAACACUAGCCACAUUCCUGGAGGGGGGAAUGUUAUGAUUGAGAGCCACAAGCUGACCUUCCGGGAAACAGCCAAAGCUCGAGUGGACCACGGCGCAGAAAUCGUCGUCACCCACUCCCCCGGCGUCGAGACGGGGGGCACUUCCCCUCACCUGUCCUCCGCCGGCAGCAUCAACCUCCUGGAGUCCCCGCAGCUCUCCACGCUGGCCCAGGACGUCACCGCUGCCCUGGCCAAGCAGGGCUUAUGAGCCGGCUGCCUCCGCUUGGGGUUCCCUCAGAAAAAAAAAAAAAAAAAAUCACACCAUUACUCCUCUUCCCGUCAGUCUCAUUCACUGAUAAGCAUCCAGUGUUCUCCCAAAGUCCCUCACUGCAAGAUGACCCCCACACACUUGACCCCACAGGUUCUGCUGUUGUAGUUGAUUUACUGUCUCAUCCGUCAGCAACCCUUCCACCCCUCCCAGUGGGAUUUUAAAAAACUGAAUUCUCAGAUUAUUCUUCAGUCACCCCCUUAAAAGGGACACGCCCAGUCACUCUCCAUUAGUUUUUCGUUCGUUUCUGUUCGCUGAAAUACGGACUUUUCUGUUUUGUUUUGGAUCGGCUGAGCGCUAAGGUCUGACGGCACGUGUUGAUCUGAGAAAGCGUUGAUGGUUUUAUGAUUGUACAGUGAUAUUUUUUAGCGUGAAGAGCAUCACUACAUUCCACGUGCAUGGGGUCAAACUUUAAGGUGAACUCGUGCAUAACGUCCAUUCAGAAUUUACAUGGUACUGGAUGCUACUAGAUGCUAGACGGUAGUCUUAAAGAUACAUCUGUUUGUGAGAGACGUAACUCGCAGAAAAAUGGCGUGUAAGCGUACCUGCAAAAGAAUGACUGAUGAGCAUGUCUGCUAAAAUGUGACAUAUUAAGUCGAACGACAUGAAUUUUUCUUUGUUUGUCGGUUGGAUUUGAAUCUUAUGAUUUCCCGAUAUGUGCUGAAUUGUCGGACAAAUUGUGUUUAUCUUCUUAUGUUUUCUUUUUAUAUAUGUCACUGUAGUGGACGUUGUUACAGUUUUGUAUGUUCCCUGUGGCUGCAAUGGCUUAUUGGCACUCACGUGCGGAUAACCGUUGCAGUGAUGUCGAGUCAAGUGCUAAAAGGCUAGCUUUCUACUAGAUUUUUUUUCCUUUUCUGCAUACCAAUGGGCUGCUCUUUACUUCCGUCUGGUUUUACAUUAGCUCUGUGGUUUUAUUAGGCUACAGCAAUGCUGUAACGCUGGCAUGGCAAAUAAACUAUGAAUAAAUUAGAUCUACUUGGAGCAAUCUUAAACCUCUCAGUGUGAGUGUAAACGGCCAGGGUGCAUCCUAGUGUCUGUCCUUCAGGAAUCGGAUCCCUUGAAAGGCCCUCCCAUGCUCCCUGUGACUUUCCCCCUUUCUCAGAGACUGGGUCGUACAAUGUAUUUGAAUGGGCAAAUGUUGUUGUUGUUGUUGUUUUAAAAAAAAAACGAAAAAAAAAAGUGUGGAAAGUAAGAAGCUUUAUAUGAAAACAUUCCAUUUGAUAGAGCAGCUACCCGGCCCUCUUGUGCGAUCGAAACCAGUAACUUUACAGUGAAGUGAAAGCAGAAACGACAAAGACCCUCAACUUGCAGCUGUUAGAAUUCAUUUAAAAAAAAAAAAGAGUAACAAACAAAACAGUUCUAGCAUAUUCUCUGCUCACCAUUGUGAAACUCCACCGCCCCCCCACCCUCGCCACCUCCUCCCCCGAUGUCAGCCCCCUCCAGUGUUUUUCUGUGCUUCCUAUAUUCUUGCCUCCCCGCUCCGCAGCCCCCUCUUUGCCUGUGUAAGUGUAUUUAAAAGACUAUGUAGAUGUGUGCACACUUUCCCAUGUUUGA